CUCUGAACUGGAACAUUUUGUUUAUCGUGCCAAAGAAGUUGGUACAGCUACGAUGUGGCACGAUUGUGUUCACUGUUAACACGCAGACGUUUUACAUAUCAAAGCACACAGACAGAUAGAAGUAAGGACGUCGUAGCAUAGUGCAGAGUUAGAGUAAUGACAAAGAAAGACGUCCAGCCUCCAUGCUCACUUUUAACAAAAAAGAAGUUAUGGAUUCUAACGACGGGAGGAAGAGACGCAAGGUAAGCGGCUUUGUGCGGGGCUGCAGGCGGAGUGUGGCCGGAAAGAUGAAACGAGAGAUGAGCAAAGUCCUCCGCUCCAUAGCGCUGGACGAUAACAACCAUAAAGAGCUCGUGCAGGGGGAAGAGGACGACUACGACUGCUUCCCCAUCAGUUUCCUCCGCAGUGACCUAUUGGAGCCCCACUUGGUCGUGGCUCCCCGGUACAGCCUGCUACGAGAGGUCGGUCGCGGAAGCUACGGGGUGGUGUACGAGGCUGUAGCUCGGAAAACAGGGGCCAGGGUAGCGGUGAAGAGGCUGCAGUGUGACGCCCCUGAGAAAGUGGAGUUGGCGCUAGCCGAAUUCUGGGCCUUGACGAGCUUGGAGAACCGACACCAGAAUGUAGUCCAGCUGGAAGAGUGUGUCCUGCAGAGGAACGGCUUGGCCCAGAAGAUGAGCCACGGAAACAAGAAAUCCAAGCAGUACUUGCGGCUCGUGGAGACUUCACUCAAAGGAGAGCGUAUCCUGGGCUACUCAGAGGAACCAUGUUACCUCUGGUUUGUUAUGGAGUUUUGUGACGGUGGGGACCUUAACCAGUACAUUUUGUCCCGCCGGCCUGACCCCCAGACCAACAGAAACUUUAUGCGCCAGCUGACCAGUGCUGUGGCUUUCCUGCACAGGAACAGUAUCGUCCACCGCGACCUUAAACCAGACAACAUUCUUAUCUCACAGAAAUCUGGUUUUCCUAUUCUUAAAGUGGCUGACUUUGGACUCAGUAAGGUUUGUGCUGGUCUGACCUCCAAAAACCGUGAAGAACAUCCCGUAGCAGGAGCAGGCGGCAGAGGGAGCGUCCAGAACAGCACGGUCAACAUAAACAAAUUCUGGUUGUCAUCAGCCUGUGGCUCAGACUUCUACAUGGCUCCUGAGGUGUGGGAGGGUCACUACACAGCCAAGGCUGACAUCUUUGCUUUGGGCAUCAUCAUCUGGGCAAUGAUCGAAAGGAUUACAUUUAUUGACGCAGAGUCCAAGCGUGAACUGCUGGGUACUUAUGUUCGGCAAGGCUCGGAAAUUGUCCCCGUUGGGGAGGCUUUGCUGGAGAACCCCAAGAUGGUGCUCCAUAUUCCUCAGAAGGCCAGAAGCUCCAUGUCUGAGGAGGAGAAGAAACUCCUCCACGAGAUGCUUGCAGUAAACCCUCAGGACCGACCGGACGCCCUCCAGCUGGAGGUGCGGAUGGACCAAGUCACAUGUGCUGUGUGACAGCCCACACCUCCUAUAGCCUCUUAUUUCCCUGACCACUCAAAGAAGGGACCUUUCAACUUCCCAGGUAUCGACUCCAGUGGAAAAAUGGACCCUGACAAGAUGAGUUGUGAGGAAUCUUCAAUCAUAAUUUGAGUGACAGACCACUCGCUGGACCAGUCUGCAAGUCAAACCACAACGACGCACUUCCACCUCCACGUAGUUCCAACACAGUCACUGUGGUGCUUUGGACUGGGGACGAUUGGAGGACAUCGUUUCUCUGAGAGCGACCUGGGCGUGAAACUGCGUCUAAUGUUUUGUAGUGGUGGACUUCUGUUCCCAUCAUUCCCAGUAUAGGCCUGUUCUUCCUUAACCGUUGUAAGGUCUGUGACUGUGGCACAAGUUACUGUAUGUUAUUGCACUCUACUGUACCAGUAUUCAAUCAUUGUACUAAUGAUAGCAGUAGCUGUAAACAGUUGACAUUCACCUCCCAGUGCAACCUUGUGCCUUAACAAUGAUGUACACCAAGUGCAAUUUGAUUUCUAAAACUAUUUUGUGGGUCACUUUUGAAAGUUCACACCAAGAAGGAAAUUUACUGGAACCACUUUCAUCUCAUGGAAGCUGAGCAACUGAAUCUUCUGCUUUCAGUGGCGUUUGAUACAAUAUUCCAGGCUGCAUUAAUAUCAUAUGGGAACGUGCUCCCCUCUGUCCAAACACCAUCGGGAAACCAUCGGGACCCGAGGCGUCCCAACAUGCUAAUGCCAGACACAACAGGACACCCCCAGAGUUUCUUCCUGUCAGUGCCCUGACAGGUCAGAGGUGUUUUGGUGUCGUGAUCAGUGUCGCACUGGAGAAACACUGUGCAUAUAUGAUCAGUUUUGUGCCCUGAAGGAGAAGCAGCAGGCCUGUGUCAGCUCCACACAACCCUUCAGCAGGGAGUUCACUAUCCUAUUGGACAUUUGUUCCUGAUUAAUCCAAAGAGCACCUGAUGGAAAAGCGCAUCUAUGUGGUAACGUGUAGUCAUCCAUGUUUAAAAGAUACUGAGGAUGGUUCUGUAUUCUUUUGAAUGGUGCAGUGUGAAUCAUGUGUAUCGGGUCAUAUCUAAGCAGCACUGACCUGUUUAUGGCAGAAGGACCUCUGAUUAGCAUCUGGAGGUAAUUCCCCAAACCAGCCACAGUAGUGUGUUACUCUUUGCAGUGUCGCGUGAUGCUGUGGUUGGACAGAGGCUUGUGGUUGGUUGAUCGGAGCCCCUUUAACUCCUGGGAAACUUUUGGGAUUUUUGACUUGAUUUGUGAAAACUGGUCACUCCAGAAAAUGUAUAAAGCCAUGAGGCUUGAAGGAAAAGAGCAAAAUACAACACAGUAACUUUAGAAGGAGAGCGCAGUGUUAGAUAGAAAGCUCUUCUAGCCUUCACUCCAGCAUAGACCCGAGGGGCUCCUUUGGGUUUCACAUCACUGUAUUACAUGGUAGUAUAAUACAGUAGAUUUCGAGGUGUUUUGUGAUGUACCUCUACCUCAUUCUCUGCACUCUGAAACCUCUUUCCUAGCUUUACUGUCACUGUAGCAACCUUAUGUUAGUCUGUGAUACAAGACGCACUUUCUUUGAGUGGGAUAGAUUUUUACCUCAGACUCAAUGACUUGUUAUUUUAAUUCAACCUCUCACUGAUGUUUGUGUUUUGUUUUUUUCUUUUGCUUUGUGACAACUUAUCCCAUUGUAACAUCGACAUCUGCAGGAUCUUCUGUCAUAGAUACUGUAUAACAGAGCAAUGAAUACGUUGUAUUUAUUCAACAAUGACAGCUCCAGCUCAGAAUAGUUUAAUGGGAAUUUGGGAAACAGACACAAAUUUUAAUUGGUUACGGUCAUGGACACGAAGAUGUGUGGGUAAGAAAUAAAUGAGUUAAACAAAUGGUGACAGAAAGUCACCAGUCUACAUACACAAACACAUAGAUUGGGUUUCUUAAAGUGUUUCCAUAAGAACAGUGUUUGAAGGCAGAUUAACCUACAGAAACAUUCAAACCUGGCCAAGCAGUGCGAGCCAGUGUUGUUGUGGGACGUCACAAACAUGUUUGUAAUAGUUACACACUUAUAAUCUCAUUGUGAAGCAUACUGAGAGGUGCACCCACACUAACUCCUUGGAUCCCUUUCUGAGAGCCGUUUGUGGUGAAUGCUAACACAACUUGAAGGUGUUUUUUAAAUUUGUGGUGAGUUUAAAUGUUUGGAGUUUUGCUAAUGGGCUAGCGUAACAUAGACAGUCUUCCUUUUGAAUUUUUGGGGUUGUUGAAUCUCUCAGCUGCUCAGGAGUUUUGGUCACAUUCAUGUUUCUAUAAGCGCUAAAGGCAAGGUUGAUACCAAACUGUUAUUCCUAAAGGCUUUACACACCUGCCCUGCUGCCACUUUCUGUACGAGUCAGCUCGUUUAGUUCUCUCGCGACUCGUAAUGAUUCCACUUUAAAACACUUUACUAUGCAAAAUGUUUCUGCCACAAUGUGAGCACCACACAGAGCCACACCGUUCACAAGCUGUUGUGUGUAAGAUCUUGAAUUCUUCUAGUGCUGAUUUCCAGUGAGUGCAGAAAUGUUUCUUUGACUUGUUGUAUACGUAAAUACUGAUUUUGUAACUAAAGCUGACAGGAGCCAUUAGAGAACCAAGAAGGCAUUGUUUUUCUGUAACUAUGUAACUAUUCUUGGAAUAAAUGGUUAAAACUGUAAAUGUC